AUGGUUGAUAAAAUUUUCUCACUUAAAUCAGCGUUUACCAUUAAUGCGUUGAGACUGAGUUGCGAAUAUGCAGCAGUCAAAUUAUCUCAGGAAGAUAGAGAGAUGUCUGAACCAUCAAGUGUUCAGGAAGAAAAGAAGAGUCGGUUUUCAUUUCGCUCAAGUUUCCAGGUUUUGUGUACCGGAUUAACUGCAGCCUUACUUCUCCGGUGUUUUAACCGUCAAAUAGACUCGGCCAGGCGUGGUAAAGCUAUUGUGGGAUUUGCCGUUUGCUUAUACUUGUCUUUUGCAAGUGCACGAGGAUUAGCACCGUUUGCUAGUAACGACUCAUAG